UGAAAAUGGAGAAGAAGCAAGAAGACGUGGAUAAGAAGGCAGAGAAGAAAGAAAGCUUGGAGGGGCUGCCAAUAGAGGAUAGCCCUUACUUGAAGUACAAGGACUUGGACGAUUACAAGCGUCAAGGAUAUGGAACCCAGGGCCACCAACAACCGGAGCCUGGCCACGGUGCUGCUGGCUCUACCGACGCCCCCACUCUUUCCGGUGCUGAUUCCUCCUCUGAGCGCCCGUCACAUGCUUCGGAUACCAUUAAGCGUCAAGGGGUCCCUUGAAUUUACAACGAGGAUUUGGC